AUGACUACCUCGGACCUAUCCCAACUAUGGCAAUCCGCAAUCCAGGACUACGAAACCACAACCGGGAAAAAACUCCUCCUUUCAGCUCAACCAUUCACCAACAUGCAAGACGUCAUGCUCGGCACUGAAGAACUCUCCCUCAAAUUCAAAAGUUUUCGCGAUGACAAGAGUAAAGUGUCAAAGAUGAGGACGGCAUUUAAGAAUAAUAUGUGGUUGAUUCAGGGGAUUGUGAAUACGGUGCAGAGUGUUGGGAAUGCUGCUUCUGCGUUUCCACCAGCUAUGCCGGCGAAUUUGAUAUUUUCUGCUUUUGGACAGGUUAUGCAGUCCUUCGCCGAUGUCUCUGCUGAUUACGACAAAAUCAUGGGCUUUUUCGAAUUCACACAUCGAUUUUUGGAUAGAAUGUCCAUCAUUGACCAGAAAUUGCCGGAUAUGCCACAAUUUCAGCGUUGUGUGUCACGCGUGUUUUCAAGCAUACUCAAGAUUUGCGCAACUGCACAGAAAUAUACUGCCGAGAAACGAAUGAAAAAAUGGUUCGACAACUUACUAAACGGGACCGACGGUGCCCUAACCAGCGCAACCACAGAGCUAGAAGAAGCCAUCAACGAACUAAGCCAAGCCGUUGGUCUGACUACUUUGCGAACAAUCCAGAUCAUAGACGAAACGACGCAAGCGAUGAAUGGGAACAUCGACUUUCUCGUCUCAAAUGCACAUCUCAUCGACGAGCGAACACGAACCAUCGAAUCAAACACGGAUACAAUCAUUGACCAGAACCGGGGACUGGCAUCGAAACAGGCAGAGAUGACGGACAUGCAACGAGAAACGUUGCAGGAAAUGGCGCAGCAGUCACGACUACUUGGUAAUAUCGUUGGGUAUUUUGGGUCUAUCCAAAUGGGCGAGAAGUUUGGUCGGAAAAGUUUUCAGGAUAGUGUGUUGAAACUAGGUGUUGUUCGGCUGCGGUUGACGAGGUGGAGUCAGGCUGUUGGAUUGAACAAGGAAUUGGAUAAUGUAGAGUCUCUGUCGAGUGUGAAGAUUUCAGAGGAAGAUCUCCCCAUGGUCAAAGAGCUUCUGGGCAGGAUUAUGGAGAGCUUCGACGAUGCGGAGAGGACAUCCAGUCGGAUCAAGAAGCGGAAUCCUUCCUUGUCGUCUGGUAGCGUGCUGGAUCCGGCAAAGGAAUUAGAUGAUGCUGCGGUAGCACUCCAUGAGAGAAUGGAUACAAUCGUCAAAACCCGACAGGGACAAGAACCCGAGGAGGAGACAGAUCUAAUCCUUUACGAAGAAAAAAAUUUCACACGCUUAAUCGAGGAUAUCAGUGACUCGGUCGACGACCUCGUCAAUCUUUUUCCUGCAGUGCAGGAAACGCAGCAGAAGCUUUGUGAGGAGGAAGUGGACGAGAUUAAUAACAAGGCUGAAAAUGCGCUGUCGUUGCUGAAAGAAGCGGCCGAGGGCCAGGACAAUAUGCUCAGUAAGACGGUUACAAAGGUUAUUGAAUCAAGCACGACUUAUAAUAAUAGUGUUGUAUUUCAGGGGACUAAUUCAGGGUUUCAGAUUGGGAAUAAUAGGGGGAAGAUUAGCAAUGUGCGGUUUCACUGAAUAUAUGUCCAGUGUGGA